UAUCUUAUUACAUAUUAAUGAUCACAAAUUUUAAUUAUUUGUUAUAAAAAAGCCAACGAAUAACCUAAUUCUCUUGCAUAACAAACAAAAUCUUUUAUCACAUCAUAAAGAGUCUCACACAAAACAUUUGUUAUUCGAAGUUUUUCGGCAACCAAAUACAUUUUCAGGAUAUUCAGAAGUUUUCAACUGACUCGACUUGAUUUUAAAAACUUCAAAACAAAAUUAAUUAAGAUCAUCGAUUUCGUGCCAUUUGAAAGUGUGUAAGUAAUAACAAAAUUCAAUACAUUGCGUGAAUGAUGGAAGAGAAGAACAUCAUCAAUAGCCAUACCAACGGUGGAUUUGUGCAUGAGGAAGGGGAGGAAAAAAAUACCGAAUUCAAUGAAUGUACCAGGAACGUUGAAUCUGGCAUUAACACAAGUGCGCAUGAAGAAGAUCGAUCAACAUGGUCAAAUAAAACGGAAUUUUUGAUGUCAUGUAUUUCCACAAGUGUUGGAUUAGGAAAUAUUUGGCGCUUCCCGUUCACAGCUUAUGAAAAUGGGGGCGGUGCCUUUCUUAUUCCAUAUGUGAUUGUGCUGUUUAUAAUCGGAAAACCCAUGUAUUAUUUGGAGACAUUCAUUGGUCAAUUUACGAGUCAGAGCGCAAUUAAAAUGUGGGAAGUUAAUCCAGCAUUCCGUGGCGUUGGAGCAGGACAGAUUAUGGCAUCGAUUUUCAUCAUGACAUAUUACUCUUCGUUGGUCGCAUUGACUGUGUAUUAUUUCUUUGCCUCGUUUGCAUCACAAUUACCAUGGACCGUGUGUCUUCCAGAAUGGGGACCAACUUGUAUCGAUUCUAGUUCUAAGAACAACUUGACAUUUCUGACAAAUUCAUCUUCAAAUAAUUCUGAAGUAGCCAGCAGCUCGGAAUUGUAUUUUCUGAAAUCCGUCUUGAACCAAACACUUAACAUUUCAAAUGGAAUUGGCUAUCCAAGUUGGAGACUAAUGAUAUGCUUAUUGGUUGCAUGGGUCGUUGUGUUUUUGGUAAUUUCAAAGGGCAUUAAAAGCUCGGGAAAAUGUUCAUACUUUCUUGCAUUAUUCCCAUACGCUAUAAUGAUCGCAUUGUUACUUCGUUCCGUCACACUUGAAGGUUCAGCAAAAGGCAUUCUCUUCUUUCUAACACCACAAUGGCAUGAACUCACAAAUCCCAAGAUUUGGAGUGAAGCUAUACAACAAGCAUUCUUUUCAUUGACGGUCAGCCUUGGCCCUAUUUUGGUUAUGUCGUCGUACAAUAAAUUUAAACACAACUUAUACAGAGAUGUGAUGAUAGUAACUACGUUGGACACAUUUACGAGUCUGAUUGCUGGCAUUACAAUAUUUGGAAUUUUGGGUAAUCUGGCCCACAAUAUGCAAAUAGAUGAUAUAUCCAAAGUGGUAAAGAGCGGUACAGGGCUCGCGUUCAUCUCAUAUCCUGAUGCUAUCAGUAAAUUUGACUAUCUACCGCAGGUGUUCGCUGUGUUGUUCUUCUUUAUGUUAUUUAUCCUGGGUAUAGGAACUGUUGUGGGUCUAGGAAAUGGUGUUGUAACCGUAUUAUGUGAUCAAUUUCCGAGACUCAAAUAUGGUUAUGUUGCAGCCAUAACCUCAGUUUUUGGAUUUCUAUUUGGUUUAGUUUACAUCACACCAGGUGGACAAUGGAUGGUCACACUGGUAGACUACUUCGGUGGAACAUUAACAAUUUUUGUGCUCGCCAUCUUUGAGCUUGUGGCGAUAUUUUAUUUCUAUGGCUUGGAAAAUGUGUGCAUUGACGUCGAAUUUAUGACGAAACGUCGACCUUCAUUUUAUUGGCGGAUAUGUUGGUUUUUGCUUGCUCCAGUAAUAAUGACGAUCGUUUAUAUCUAUUCACGGAUUACAAUGGGGUCAUUGAAGUAUGCUGGUAUGGACUUCCCAACCAAAUAUAUUUUGCUCGGAUGGUGCUUUUUUCUUCUUGCAAUGAUUCAAAUUCCGAUUUGGUUCAUCGUCUGUGUCGUAAGGAGCCCCUUACCUGCGGCCAAGGCAUUUGUUGAAACAUUUAAAAGCACAAGUUUAUGGGGACCACGCCGUCAAGAUGAUCGAAAGGAAUGGCAAAAAUAUCGUGAAGAAGUCAAACAAAGGAAUAGACGUGCUGCGAAUACAUCAAAUUCAAGAUUAAUUAGAAAAUAUAAUUUAGCAUUUGGAAAAUUUUAGCCUAGAAAUGUAUUUAUUUAACUAUUUACAGAUUUACACAUAAUAAACAAGUGAUUGCUUUAAACAAGCUUAGAUGAAAGGAAUGCUCUUAUCGUUGCUCUGUGCGUUUAAUGUUUUCAAAUAAAAUAUUUCUAAAAUCUAACAUUAAGUGUAAUAACAAUUGCGAUUGUUUUGAUUAAUGUAGUUCAAAAUAAAGUGAUAAGUGACAAAACAAUUAUUGGCGAAA